CGCCUCUCCUCACCUCCCAGCUGACAGCGAUAAUGCACCAGCAGCAGCAGCCGGAGGAAGAACGCACGGAAGAGGCGAACUAUGCAAGUAGCACCAGAAUCCCUCUCCCUGGUGACGGACCAACUCUCCAGUCCAACAGUUCUGCACCCUCCAAGCAAACUGUCCUCUCUUGGCAAGCUGCAAUUGAUGCUGCUAGGCAAGCCAAGGCUGCCCAAACUAUGAGCACCACCACACCCCAACCUGUAGGAUCUUUGUCCCAAAGAAAACGCCAGCAAUACGCUAAGAGCAAAAAACAGGGUAACUUGUCUAACAGCAGACCGGCACGGGCCCUUUUCUGUUUAUCCCUCAAUAACCCUAUCCGGAGAGCCUGCAUUAGUAUAGUAGAAUGGAAACCAUUUGACAUAUUUAUAUUAUUGGCUAUUUUUGCCAAUUGUGUGGCCUUAGCUGUUUACAUCCCAUUCCCUGAAGAUGAUUCUAAUUCAACUAAUCAUAACUUGGAAAAAGUAGAAUAUGCCUUCCUGAUCAUUUUUACAGUCGAGACAUUUUUGAAGAUUAUAGCAUAUGGAUUGUUAUUACACCCUAAUGCGUAUGUUAGGAAUGGAUGGAAUUUACUGGAUUUUGUAAUAGUAAUAGUAGGAUUGUUUAGUGUAAUUUUGGAACAAUUAACCAAAGAAACAGAAGGAGGUAACCACUCCAGUGGCAAAUCAGGUGGUUUUGAUGUCAAAGCCCUUCGCGCCUUUCGUGUGCUACGACCACUACGACUAGUAUCCGGAGUGCCCAGUUUACAAGUAGUCCUGAACUCCAUUAUAAAAGCCAUGGUUCCCCUGCUCCAUAUUGCCCUUUUGGUAUUGUUUGUAAUCAUAAUCUAUGCUAUUAUAGGAUUGGAACUUUUUAUCGGAAAAAUGCACAAAUCCUGUUUUUUUGCUGAUUCAGAUAUCUUAGCUGAAGACGAUCCAGCACCUUGUGCGUUCUCAGGGAAUGGACGCCUGUGUGACACUAAUGGCACAGAAUGUAAAAGUGGCUGGGUUGGACCAAAUGGAGGAAUCACCAAUUUUGAUAAUUUUGCCUUUGCAAUGUUAACUGUGUUCCAGUGUAUCACCAUGGAGGGAUGGACUGAUGUUCUGUACUGGGUAAAUGAUGCAAUAGGAUGGGAAUGGCCAUGGGUAUAUUUUGUUAGUCUUAUCAUCCUGGGCUCAUUUUUCGUACUUAACCUGGUUCUUGGUGUGCUUAGUGGAGAGUUUUCCAAGGAAAGAGAGAAAGCAAAAGCUCGGGGAGAUUUCCAGAAGCUGCGGGAGAAGCAGCAGCUUGAGGAGGAUCUGAAGGGCUACUUGGAUUGGAUCACCCAAGCCGAAGAUAUAGACCCAGAGAACGAAGAAGAAGGGGGUGAAGAAGGCAAAAGAAAUACAAGUAUACCCACCAGUGAGACUGAAUCCGUGAACACCGAAAAUGUCAAUGGAGAAGGAGAAAACCAAGGCUGCUGUGGAAGUCUCUGUCAAACCAUCUCAAAAUCCAAGCUCAGUCGUCGCUGGCGUCGUUGGAACCGAUUUAAUCGAAGGAGAUGUAGAGCUGCAGUAAAAUCUGUCUCUUUUUACUGGCUGGUGAUUGUCUUAGUGUUUCUCAACACAUUAACUAUAUCCUCUGAGCAUUACAAUCAGCCUGAUUGGCUGACACAGAUCCAAGAUAUAGCAAACAAAGUUCUGCUGGCCAUGUUCACCUGUGAAAUGUUAGUAAAGAUGUACAGCUUGGGACUCCAGGCAUAUUUUGUCUCACUUUUUAAUCGCUUUGAUUGCUUCGUGGUGUGUGGCGGCAUCACUGAAACAAUAUUGGUGGAAUUGGAAAUUAUGUCGCCCCUCGGCAUCUCUGUAUUUCGGUGCGUGCGACUGCUGAGGAUUUUUAAAGUUACCAGGCACUGGACAUCCCUGAGCAACUUGGUAGCAUCCUUGUUAAACUCAAUGAAGUCCAUUGCUUCACUGUUGCUUCUGCUUUUCCUCUUCAUCAUAAUCUUCUCAUUGCUUGGAAUGCAACUGUUUGGCGGCAAAUUUAAUUUUGAUGAAACUCAAACAAAGCGGAGCACCUUCGAUAAUUUCCCUCAAGCUCUUUUAACUGUAUUUCAGAUUCUAACAGGAGAAGACUGGAAUACUGUUAUGUAUGAUGGGAUUAUGGCCUAUGGGGGCCCAUCCUCUUCAGGAAUGAUAGUCUGCAUAUACUUCAUUAUCCUCUUCAUCUGUGGUAACUACAUUCUGCUAAAUGUCUUCUUGGCUAUUGCUGUGGACAAUCUGGCUGAUGCUGAAAGUUUGAAUACUGCUCAGAAAGAAGAAGCAGAAGAAAAGGAAAGGAAGAAGAUUGCCAGGAAAGAGAGUUUGGAAAACAAAAAAAGUGAUAAAUCAGAAGUCAACCAGUUGGCCAAUAAUGACAAUAAGGUAACAGUUGAUGACUAUCGAGGAGAGGAUGAAGACAAGGACCCCUAUCCACCUUGUGAUGUGCCAGUAGGUGAAGAGGAGGAGGAAGAGGAAGAUGAACCAGAGGUUCCAGCUGGCCCCCGUCCUCGAAGAAUCUCUGAGUUGAAUAUGAAAGAGAAGAUUGUCCCUAUACCUGAAGGGAGUGCUUUCUUCAUUUUAAGCAAAACCAAUCCAAUUCGAGUGGGAUGUCACAAGCUUAUCAACCACCACAUCUUUACCAACCUCAUCCUUGUCUUCAUCAUGCUCAGCAGUGCCUCUCUUGCAGCUGAAGACCCAAUUCGUAGUCAUUCCUUUCGAAAUACUAUUCUUGGUUACUUUGACUAUGCUUUCACAGCCAUCUUUACUGUUGAAAUCCUGUUAAAGAUGACAACUUUUGGCGCUUUCCUCCACAAAGGAGCAUUCUGUAGAAAUUACUUCAACUUGCUGGACAUGCUGGUUGUGGGUGUUUCUCUGGUGUCAUUUGGGAUUCAAUCAAGUGCUAUCUCAGUUGUGAAGAUUCUGAGGGUUUUAAGGGUACUGAGACCCCUAAGGGCAAUAAACAGAGCAAAAGGACUAAAGCAUGUUGUUCAAUGUGUUUUUGUCGCUAUUCGAACUAUUGGCAACAUCAUGAUAGUCACCACUCUGCUCCAGUUCAUGUUUGCCUGCAUUGGAGUACAGCUCUUUAAGGGCAAGUUCUAUCGGUGUACAGAUGAAGCCAAAAGUAAUCCUGAGGAAUGCAGGGGACUGUUUAUCCUUUACAAGGAUGGAGAUGUUAACAGCCCUAUGAUUCGAGAGAGAAUUUGGCAAAAUAGUGAUUUCAACUUUGACAAUGUUCUGUCAGCUAUGAUGGCGCUUUUCACAGUCUCUACUUUUGAAGGUUGGCCCUCGUUGCUCUAUAAGGCUAUAGAUUCCAAUGGAGAGAAUGUUGGCCCCAUCUACAAUUACCGAGUGGAGAUUUCUGUUUUCUUCAUUAUCUACAUCAUCAUUGUAGCUUUUUUUAUGAUGAACAUCUUCGUCGGGUUUGUGAUUGUUACAUUUCAAGAGCAGGGUGAAAAAGAGUAUAAGAACUGUGAGCUGGACAAAAAUCAGCGCCAGUGUGUUGAAUAUGCCUUGAAGGCCCGGCCUUUGCGAAGAUACAUUCCCAAAAACCCUUACCAGUAUAAGUUCUGGUAUGUGGUGAACUCGUCUCCAUUUGAGUACAUGAUGUUUGUCCUCAUCAUGCUCAACACCCUUUGCUUGGCCAUGCAGCACUAUGAACAAUCAAAGAUUUUUAACGACGCAAUGGACAUUCUGAAUAUGGUCUUUACUGGAGUGUUUACUGUUGAGAUGGUUUUAAAAGUUAUUGCAUUCAAACCUAAGGGAUAUUUUAGUGAUGCCUGGAAUACGUUUGACUCCCUCAUCGUUAUCGGCAGCAUUGUAGACGUCGCUCUCAGUGAAGCUGAUAAUUCCGAAGAGAGCAAUAGAAUCUCCAUCACAUUUUUUCGUCUUUUUCGAGUGAUGCGAUUGGUGAAGCUUCUCAGCAGGGGUGAAGGAAUAAGAACAUUGUUAUGGACAUUUAUCAAAUCCUUUCAGGCUCUACCCUACGUUGCCCUUCUCAUAGCUAUGUUGUUUUUCAUCUAUGCUGUUAUUGGGAUGCAGAUGUUUGGAAAAGUUGCCAUGAAAGAUAACAAUCAAAUCAACAGAAACAACAAUUUUCAGACUUUUCCUCAAGCUGUGCUCCUCCUGUUCAGGUGUGCAACUGGGGAAGCUUGGCAAGAAAUCAUGCUGGCUUGUCUUCCUGGGAAGCUCUGUGACCCUGAUUCCGAUUUAAAUGCUGGGGAAUACGCAUGUGGAAGCAAUUUUGCCAUUGUUUAUUUCAUCAGUUUUUACAUGCUCUGUGCAUUUCUGAUCAUCAAUCUGUUCGUGGCUGUCAUCAUGGACAACUUUGAUUACCUAACCCGAGACUGGUCUAUUUUGGGUCCUCAUCAUUUAGAUGAAUUCAAAAGGAUAUGGUCAGAAUAUGACCCUGAAGCAAAGGGAAGAAUUAAACAUCUUGAUGUAGUCACUUUGCUUCGACGUAUUCAGCCACCUUUGGGAUUUGGCAAAUUAUGUCCACACAGAGUAGCGUGCAAGAGAUUGGUUGCCAUGAACAUGCCUCUCAACAGUGAUGGAACGGUCAUGUUUAAUGCCACAUUAUUUGCUUUGGUCCGGACAGCUCUUAAAAUCAAGACAGAAGGUAAUCUAGAGCAAGCAAAUGAGGAACUCCGAGCUGUGAUAAAGAAAAUCUGGAAGAAAACCAGCAUGAAGUUACUUGAUCAAGUCGUCCCUCCAGCUGGUGAUGAUGAGGUAACCGUGGGGAAGUUCUAUGCCACUUUCCUGAUACAGGACUACUUUAGGAAAUUCAAGAAACGCAAAGAACAAGGACUGGUGGGAAAAUACCCUGCGAAGAACACCACAAUUGCUCUACAGGCGGGAUUAAGGACACUUCAUGAUAUUGGGCCAGAAAUUCGUCGAGCUAUAUCAUGUGAUUUGCAAGAUGAUGAACCUGAGGAAAAUAAUCCAGAGGAAGAGGAAGAUGUAUUCAAAAGAAAUGGUGCUCUAUUUGGAAACCAUGUCAAUCAUGUUAAUAGUGAUAGGAGAGAUUCCCUUCAGCAGACCAAUACCACCCACCGUCCCCUGCAUGUCCAAAGGCCUUCAAUUCCAUCUGCAAGUGAUACUGAGAAACCAAUGUUUCCUUCAGCAGGAAAUUCCGUGUAUCAUUACCAUCAUAAUCAUAAUUCCAUAGGAAAACAAGUUCCCAACUCAACAAAUGCCAAUCUCAAUAAUGCCAAUAUGUCCAAAGUUGCUAAUGGAAAGCACCCCAGCAUUGGAAAUCUUGAGCAUGUGUCUGAAAAUGGGUAUCAUUUACACCACAAGCAUGACCAUGAGACUCAAAGAAGGUCAAGUCUUAAAAGAACACGCUAUUAUGAAGCUUACAUUAGGUCGGAUUCUGGUGAUGAACAGUUCCCUACGAUUUGCUGUGAGGACCCCGAGGUACAUGACUACUAUAGCGAUGACCGUUGUCUGGAAGAACAGGAAUAUUUCAGUGGAGUUGAAUACUAUGAGGAAGACUGCAUGCUGUCAGAAAACAGGCAAGCAUAUAACUGCUGUGACAGAUAUCCAGGCAGUGACUCUGACUUUGAGAGACCAAGAGGCUAUCAUCACCCACAUGGUUUCUCUGAAGAGGAUGACUCAUUGAUCUGUUAUGACUCAAAAAGAUCACCGAGGAGACGCCUGCUACCUCCUACACCUACAUCAAACCGGAGAUCUUCCUUCAACUUUGAGUGCUUGCGCAGACAGAGCAGUCAAGAUGAGAUAACCCUUUCUCCUUCCUUCCACCAUCGCACUGCCUUGCCACUGCAUCUGAUGCAGCAGCAGGUCAUGGCGGUUGCGGGCCUGGACUCUAGUAAAGCCCAGAAAUACUCACCAAGUCAUUCAACCCGAUCGUGGGCCACCCCACCUGCCACCCCACCCUUCAGGGACCGGACUCCAUACUAUACACCUCUAAUCCAAGUGGAUCGUACAGACUCCUUUGAACAGAUGAAUGGAAGCCUGCCUUCUCUGCAUCGGAGCUCCUGGUACACAGACGAGCCUGAGGUUUCCUAUCGGACAUUCACCCCAGCCAGUUUGACUGUCCCAAAUGACUCUAGACAUAAAUAUAGCGACAAGCAGAGAAGUGCAGACAGUUUAGUAGAAGCAGUACUAAUAUCUGAAGGCUUAGGACGGUACGCCAGGGACCCUAAAUUUGUUUCUGCCACGAAACAUGAAAUAGCUGAUGCUUGUGACAUGACCAUUGAUGAAAUGGAGAGUGCUGCAAGUAAUCUUCUCAAUGGAAACCUGAGCAAUGGGGCCAACGGGGACAUGUUCCCCCUUUUAAACAGACAAGACUACGAACUUCAAGACUUUGGUCCUGGGUAUAGCGACGAAGAGCCUGACCCUGGUAGAUAUGAAGAGGACUUAGCUGAUGAAAUGAUAUGCAUUACGACCUUAUAGUAUUUAGUGGGAGAAGAAUUCUUGUGAUUUUUACUCGUGGGCUAGUUGGGGGAGGUGGGGGUGGGGCUUAGUAGGAUGAAGUAUAUGAGA